UCGCUGCGACCCCUGCACUUGAGUCCUCGUACCUCAGCCCAACUGGGCACAUAAACUACCAGAGCAACUCUUGUUUGAGUGGGUGGAGAGGUUUCAGAUCUCAAGAUACGAAGGUGUCGCUGGCGUCCCGGUCUUGAACGAAAUGCGCGCAUGAUUUCAGGACGAUUCUUCCUGCUCUUGUUCUGCAUGCUUCGGAAUCGUCAGCCGGGCAUAUCUGAUCUCUAAUUUGACAUUAUUCCAAGCCUUCUUGCCCUUUCUUCUCUUGUCGCUCCACGGUCCCUCGCUGACCCGCAUAACUAUUCGACCUUCGCCUUCUUGUCCAACCUUGGGACCCUUCGUCUUUCAUUCGAACUCGUACACCAUGGUGAGAAAUCCUCCGUUCAUCGUUCCUUCAGAGAAGCGACACAGCAAACCCUGCAGAUACUAUCAGACGGGUUCGUGUGCUUUGUCCGCAGAGAAGUGCAACUUUGCGCACGUCAAAGAACUUAAACUCGUCGGUACUCCGGCAACGAAGCUGCCCUUGCACGUUGAGUCGAGGACUAGAGAAACAAAAAACCCUCAGCGCUAUCAUUCCCCUUUGAGUCAAGACCCAACUUCUGUCGCCCGUUUCCCUGGACACAGUAUGGAAGAGUAUCCCUUCUCUCCCUCACCAUACCAAUAUCUUUCCUUCCCAUCCCCCUAUGCUGCAUCACGCCCCCCACACUAUAUCCCGCCACAACGCUCUGCGCCGUCCUUCUCUCCCUUCUCCCCGAUCAACAGCAACGCCCCUACAGCCGACAUUGACACAGACACAGACGUCCCGAGCCUCGGCAGCACCUCUUCCCCCUCCGCUAAAUCUAGUUCGCUCGCGGACACAUACACAGACGGCGAUGCUCCUUCUCCUCCCCGCACGCCAGAUGCCUUCACUCAUCUCUAUUCCCCGGUAAGAAUGACGACAUGGCCUUCGAUGCUCUCGCCGAGUUUCACUCCACACGAGGCGUCAUUUUAUUUCGUGCAACCCACCAUUCAGGAUCAGAUGCGUGGAUAUGGACAUGGACAUGGAAUGCAGACGGCGUAUGUUGGACCAGUAAACCCCUAUGCGCUAUCGCCUGUGGGCUAUGUUACAUAUCAUGGACAAGCUGUGGGACAUGGGUUUGGUGGCGCGGUUGAUGGGUCUAAGGGUAACAGGGAAAGACAAGAUGCAAUCCCAGUCAGUAAAAAAGCUAGAGCAUACAAAACUAAGCAGUGUAAAUUCUUCAGGAAAGAUGGAACGUGUCCCAAGGGCGACCAAUGUACUUUCAUCCACGAACGCCGUUUCCGUCCCGAAAGACCACCACAACCGCGCCUUCCUUCGCCUACAACACCUACGACCGCCUCUCCCUUGACAUCGACCUCCACGGAUUCAACUUUAUCCUCUUCGUCCCUCCGUACACCGACCACAGCUUCCAGCGUGACCGCUACCGUUAACCCUCCUGAACUUCCCCAGAAGCCACUUUCCAGCCUCGAGGAGAUGCACGCGAAGGGUUUGUUUCCCAUUACAUGGAGGGUCAUCGGUGGAGGUGUGACGCUAGGCGGACGACGCGAAGUAUGUCCAAGGCUUGUGGAAGGACACUGUCCCGAUGGAGACGAUUGUCGCUUCUUUCAUCCCGAUCCAGAUGAACUACCAUAUUCCUCCGCACCGGUCUCCAUCGAUCCUCCGUUCGAGGACGACUGGACAAAAACUCCCAAGCCGCAUGCCAUCCAUUCUCCUUCACUUAGUAACACUACUUCCACAUGUAACAAGUUCAGUGGACAUAGUUACACCACCAGCUUGAAUUCCGACAAGCAGAUGCCAGGCAAACCAUCCGCGGGCCUCUCCAUCGCCAUUCCGGCUCAACCAAACUAUCUCCCUGACGUAUCGCCUACUAUCUUCCGAGGUCAGGUUGCCGAGCGACUCGGAAUGCUUAGGAGUACCAUUGGUGGUAUCAAUGGGGUUGAAAGACCUCAUUCGACGCCGCCUUCACUGGUGAUGAGCCCUGGUCGGGUAUUGUCGCCUGUGUCACUCGAGAGCCCGUACCCAUAGACAUUAUACACAACCAUGACCGCUCCAUACCAUAUCUAUUACUUUGUGCCACCAGCGUCGCCCACCGGAUAUCCUCGCUUCUAUUCUCGUCUUGACCCCGUUACUUCGCUUCACGAACAAUCUUUCCGGCACCUCUUCUCAUCGCCGCUCGCGUAUCUAUCUACUCGAUGGACUCCUUUCUACAACUGCUAUCCUCUGUUGUUUCUUCCUUGCAUCUCCCCGGGUUCUGUGUACGAUUUUUAUCUACUUACUCGAGGGCUUCCUCUUUGUUUGCAUCGGUCGUAGAUGGGUUCGCCGUUCCUACUCAUGCUUCACGCUUGUUUUCGCUUGCCUACGUGCUUAUACCUUUCCGUCACUUAUAAACCCAUAACGCAUCUUUCGACCUUCUUCACCUAUUCGAUAUCCUCUUCCCUUCGGCCUUCUUGCAUCUCUACUUUGACCUUCUUGCCUCUCCACCUUCCUGCGGUACCACUCUCCUCUGUCUUCGAUUCGUCGUGUUCCGUCUUGUUUUUGGUGCAUCGUAUUUUUGGGUCGGUCACCCCAGGCCGCCCGUGUCGCC